AUGAGAGUUGGUAUUAAUUUGCAUCAGAAAACUUUGUAGCAUACUAAAUGUCCAUUCUUAAAGACAUUCAACAUCAAUAUGACAUCAGAACAGGCCAUAACCAAAUACACUAAAUUUUGCCCCUAUCUCCAUUACAAGGAAAUGAAAUCUGAGACAAAGAAGUGUCCGAUUGACCAUACCCAGUUUUAUAGUAACCAAUUCAAGGGUGUGAUUCAGUAGAUUAAAGAUGAGGGACGAUAUCGAGAAUUCAAGAGUUUAUUACGAACAAAUGGCGAAUUUCCUAGAGCCAUCAAUAAGACUCCCUCUGGGGACCAAGCAAUAACCUUAUGGUGCAGCAAUGAUUACUUGGGAAUGUCUCAAAAUCCGAUGGUAACUUAGGCAACCAAAAAUGCAAUCGACCUCACAGGAAUAGGAGCAGGAGGAACCCGUAACAUUGGAGGCACAAGCAUCUACCAUGUCGAGUUGGAAAGAGAACUAGCUGACUUGCACAGGAAAGACAGUGCUUUGGUUAUGAACAGUGGGUAUGUUGCUAAUAUGGCCACCUUGGAUACACUCGGCAAAGUCUUAAAGGAUGUGACAUUUUUGAGCGAUGCCAAGAAUCACGCUUCCCUAAUCGAAGGAAUGAGAGCCACCAAAAGAGAUAGAGUCAUUUUUAAACAUAAUGAUUAUAAAGAUUUGGAGGAGAAAUUAAAAUAAUUAGAUAUUUAAUAAAACAAAGUCAUUGUAUUCGAAUCUGUUUAUUCUAUGAAUGGCACUGUUGCACCAAUCUCAGAGUUCAUCAAUCUAGCCAAGAAAUACAAUGCUCUUACUCUCAUCGAUGAGGUCCAUGCAGUAGGUAUGUAUGGCGAUAGAGGGGCAGGCGUAACUGAAAAACUUGGAUUGCAGAAAGAAAUCGAUAUAGUCACUGGAACCUUGGGCAAAGCAUUUGGAUGCUCUGGAGGUUACGUAUCAGCAAACUCAGAAAUUGUAGAUGCUGUCAGAAGUACUGCCAGUAAUUUCAUUUUCUCAACAUCCAUGUCUCCAAUAAUAGCAGCAGCUUGUUUGGAGUCUGUCAAAUAUCUUAAAACACAUCCUGAAAUCAGAGAAAGACAUCAAUAUGUUGCAUCUCUUAUUAAAGCUAAGUUGAAGAGUAAGGGUAUCCCUGCUCUCAAUAGUGCAUCCCAUAUUGUCCCAGUAUUUAUAGGAGAUCCUAUUUUAUGCAAAGAAGCUUCUGAAACACUACUUAACGAUUACAACAUCUACAUACAACCUAUUAACUAUCCUACAGUGCCAAGAGGAUAAGAGAUAUUACGUAUAUCUCCGACUCCAUUACACACCGAGGAAAUGAUUGAUGAAUUGGUUGACUCUAUUGAAUGUGUGUUUAAGAGACUAAAUCUAAGAAUGGAAUCUUAACACACGGCAGAACAAAGGGCAAUCUUCUAAUGAUAGUAAAUUAUUUUCAUUAAAAUAUACACAAAAAUAACACUAAA